UUUAGAAAUAAGUUUCAUUGAAUAUCUCGUGAAUCCGGUUGAUGGCAAACUAGAACACAAUUGGAUCUAGACUCACCAUGGAGCUCAUCUGAGAAAUAAUUGAUCCCUAAUAAGCCUACACUUUAAGACGGACAGAUGAUCAAAAUGAAGAUAAUUGAGAAAGAGAAUGAAGCAGGUGUAGGGGAAAGAAAAUCCGAAAAAGAUCAGAGCUGGAUCCCAAAGAUGAUUAAAAAGAGAGUAUGCACUACCUUUGUGGAGGACUCAUCUAGUAAUGGGGCUUUGUGCCAGUGUGGUGGAGCACAGGAACUUCAUGCAUCCACAACGGCUGGUGAUCAUGUGAUCAGCCAGUGGGACAGUGAACAACACACCUCUGAAUGCCCCACUGAUGCCUUUGGACAGCUGGAGUUUGCUGGAGCUGGACGCAGAAACAGUCCAUUUCUACGUCUGGCACACGAUACACCUCCAGACAAUGUUUACUCGCUGAUGACAUCGCAGUGGGGCCUGCCGGUACCCAAUCUGGUGGUGUCUGUGGUUGGAGGAGAGGGAAAAGAGAAGGUAAAACCUUGGGUGCGAGAGGUGAUCAGACAGGGUCUUGUCCGGGCUGCACAGAGCACAGGGGCUUGGAUCAUGACAUCAGGUCUGAGGGAGGGCGUUGGUCGUUGUGUAGGUGAGGCAGUAAGGGAUCAUUGUGCAACAGCUUCAUCUCUUUCCCAGGGCAAAGUUAUAGCUGUUGGUGUUGCACCCUGGGGCUUGAUAUACCAACGUCAGCAACUCGUAAACCCACAGGGUAGUUUCCCAGCACGGUACUAUGUGCACAACAUGCCCCGUGAGUCCAGCUGCCUGGACAACAACCACCAGGCUUUCCUUUUGGUGGAUGAUGGAAGUGUAGGAAAGAGAGGUUGUGAAACAAUGUUCAGAGCCAACCUGGAAGACUUCAUCUCCCAUCAGCGCACUGGCAUCUGGGGUAGUGGAAGCAUUGAGAUUCCUGUUUUGUGUGUGCUGAUCGCAGGAGAUGCUGCAAUGCUUGAGAGAGUGGAUUUAUCUCUGAAAAAUAGCACUCCAUGGUUGGUGCUGGCAGGGUCGGGUUCAGCGGCAGACUUGAUAGCAUCAAUACUGAAGGAUCUCGACAUACCUCUGAGUCCACCGGGGAGUCCCACUUUGCCGACCGCUUCCGAAGAAAGUAUGAAAAGAGCCAGAGUUGAGCUCAGGGACAGAGUGAGAGAGAAGAUUAACAAACACUUCCCAUCUGAGACUGACCUGGAGAAGCUUGUGGAGCAGGCACUUAGUAUCUACCACAACAGAGAGCUGAUCACCGUGUUUCAUGGAGACCUGGAAGGGCGAGAUGACUUUGACAGAAUCAUCCUAAGAGCUCUCGUAAGAGCUGCUAAACGGGAAGCUAAUGAUGCUAGCGAGUACACUGAAGAGCUGAAGCUGGCAGUGGCCUGGGACAGAGUGGAUAUCGCCAAGAGUGAACUCUUUAACGGUGGAAUCCAGUGGAGGUAUGAAGACCUGGAGGAAUCAAUGACUGAUGCGCUGGUGAACGACAAGCCCCAUUUUGUGCGUCUGUUUGUGGAAAACGGCUUGAACAUACUGGACUAUCUGACGUACCAUCGUUUAGAGAGUCUUUACGGCUCAGUGUCGGACUGCAGUCUGGUGUCGUCAUUCCUCCAGAGGAGGCUGCAGGAGCGAGUGGAGUUAGCUGGCUCUCAGACCCGUUUAACUUUACCAGAUGAGAAUUCAUCUUUCAAGAGCCACGCCACCAUCCUCACCACCCCAUCCGCUGCUCGAGACCUCACUCUGUAUGAGGUUUCACGGGUAUUAUCAGAAAUCAUGGAAGAUGUCUGUCAGCCGUUUUACUAUGCUACUCUUGGAGUAGAACACAGAUGGGCCUCAAGGAAAGCAAUGAAGCAUGUGAAUAUGUUGCUUCAAACUGAGAGUGUGUACCGGAAACAGCGCUGUAUGUCUCCUUGGAUAUCUCUGUUCAUCUGGGCCGUUCUUCAGAAUCGCAGAGAAAUGUCUAUCUACUUCUGGGAAAUGGCGGGGGAGUCGGUGCUAAGUGCUCUUGCCGGAUGUAAGAUACUAAGAGAGCUCUCCAAGUUGGAGACAGAGACCGAGACCAAGCUCUCAAUGAAAGAACUUUCUCAAACCUUUGAGAAUCUGGCUCAUGAUGUGUUUAGUGAGUGUUACCAGAGCAAUGAGAGCCACUCUUUCAAGCUCCUGAUCAGACAGUCACCUGUAUGGGGCAGCGCCACCUGUCUGCAGAUGGCCACCGCGGCUGACGCUCGCCUCUUCUUCAGUCAUGAUGGAGUGCAGACUUUACUGUCAGAGAUAUGGUGGGGGGACAUGGACAGCAAUACAGAAGUGUGGAAACUCCUCCUCUCAUUUUUCCUGCCUCCCUUUAUCUACACCGACCUCAUCAGUUUCAAGGAGCAGGAGAAAGAUGAAGAGCCAGAGGAAUUCCAUCCGGGUAAAGAAUUUGACAGCAUCGAGGGAGCCGAGUCAUUGCCUGAUGGCAUAAAUAUGGAGGAAGAUGUGGAGGAAUGUAAUCCUCUAAAAGGAAAGCCGGAAGCAUCAAGAGCUAUCACUCAAAAACGGCCUUUUAUAUUGCACCGAUGGCGGCAGUUCUGGUUUGCACCGGUCACUUCGUUUCUAGGCAACGUGUUGAUGUACUUCCUCUUCCUGUUCCUGUUUGCUUACAUCCUAUUGGUUGACUUCAAGCCCCCGCCUCCUGAUGGACCCGCCCCUUCAGAGCUUGUGUUGUAUUUCUGGGUUUUUACUCUGGUCUGUGAGGAAAUUCGACAGACUUUUUUUGUAGGAUCUACCACUAUAUUUCAAAGGAUGAAGUUGUACAUCCAAGACAUCUGGAACAAGUGUGACAUCACGGCCCUCACGCUCUUUAUUCUUGGGCUUCUCUGCAGAAUGUUUCCGUGGACGUAUAAUUUUGGACGUGCGGUACUGUGUGUCGACUAUAUGGUCUUCACGCUCAGACUCAUUCAUAUAUUUGCAGUUCACAAACAACUUGGUCCCAAAAUAAUCAUAGUUGGCAAAAUGGUGAAAGAUGUGUUUUUCUUCCUGUUCUUCCUGGGGGUGUGGUUAAUGGCAUAUGGAGUAGCCAAUCAGGCACUGCUGUACUCCUAUGACUCUCGGUCUGGUUGGGUAACUCGGCGCGUGUUCUACAGGCCAUACAUGCACAUAUAUGGGCAGAUACCACUGGAUGAAAUUGAUGCUGACAAGAGACACGAGAAAGAGUGUACAGACAACGUCACGCUCAUCCAUCAGGGGGCGGAGCCAUGCCCACAGUCUGAUUCUAACUGGCUGGUUCUUAUUCUGCUGUCAGUCUACUUGUUGGUCACCAAUAUUCUGUUGGUGAACUUGCUCAUUGCAAUGUUCAGUUACACGUUCAAUAAAGUUCAGGAGCACAGCGAUGUACACUGGAAGUUCCAGCGCUACAACCUAAUCUCAGAGUACCACUCACGCCCCUGCCUCUCCCCGCCCUUCAUCAUCAUCUCCCACCUCCAUAUCUUCAUCAAAAGAGUCAUUCAGAGAUUGCCCUCCAAUAAGAACCAACACUUCAUGUUGGACCUGAACAGCAAAGAGGCCAGUUUGCUGAACAUGUGGGAAUCGACACUGAAGGAGAACCUGCUUUCCACGCAAGGCAAGAGACAACGAGAGAGUGACACGGAGCGGCUAAAACGCACCUCCACAAAGGUGGACAGCGUCCUGAAGCAGAUGUCGGAGAUUCGCGAUCACGAUCGUAGGUUGAGAAAGCUGGAGUCAGAGGUGCAGUACUGCUCUACUGCCCUCUCCUGGAUAGUAGAGGCACUGUCUCAGAGUGAUUUUGUAAAGAAGACAGGUCCACCUCCUCUUCCUUCCAAAGGUAUUGCUUCUAAACGGCCCACUUUUUCCAGAUGAAAAUGAUGAUGAUAAUGCAGAUAUACAAACGUGUGGUUAUUUUUUGUAUGAUUCUUUGUGCAAUUUCAGCGUACUGACAUGUUAUAUGUCAAGAACACGUUGUUUGUAUCUGAUUUUUAACAUUGCAUCAGGAAGAAAAAUAUGAUUUGUUCUAGUUAAGUUUAUAAAUAUAAUGGGCCCUAUUUUAACGAUCUGAAACGCAAGUGUCAAAGUAACUUUGUGGGCGGGUCUCGGCGCUGUUGCUAUUUUCCCGGUGGAAUAAAUGGGUCUUGCGCCCGGCGCAAAUCUAAAAUGGGUUGGUCUGAAGUAGCUUCAUUAUUCAUAGGUGUGGUUUGGGCGUAACGUGAAAUAAACCAAUCAGAACUUCAUCCAACAUUCCCUUUAAAAGCAGGUGCGCAAGUUCCAUUAUGGAUUGCUAUUAUUAUGGCGUAUUUACCAGGCGCAUGCCAGGAGCGGUUCACAGCCGAGGAGACUGAUGUUCUUGUAAGAGCAGUGAAAGACAGAGAAGUUGUGUUGUAUGGGGAUGGGAGAAUAAUUAGCCUGAAUAAUUUGUAAGCUAGAUUUAUGCCUAUUUUUUCACAUCUUCGUGGCACACCACAAUGAUUUUCGUCAUCUCAUGUGUUAAUAAUUUUUUAGUGUAACAAUUUAUGAUUUGCAAAAAUAACUGUUGCAUCUGUGUAGAUUACAUGAGCAAAGUGUAUGCGCGUUGUGCACGCUAUACAUUAUGGUCAAGCAUGCGCCCUUAAAAUAGCAUAAUGAACAACGCGCAACGCGCCACUGACUUUAGACUAGGUUUUUUCUGGUCAGUGGCGCAAUUGUUUAAUGGAACAGCAAAAUAGCACCAGGGAUUGUUUGCGCCGGAACACGCCUCCUUUUUUGCGCUGAACCGCCCAGGGAGCGCAAGUUCAUUCACUAGUUUAGCGACGUGCUUCUGUGGAGGGAAAAGCGCGCUUUGCGCAGGUGCAAAAUAGGAAUGACACAUGCGUCGGUGUACAAAGUCAAUUGCGCUGGGUGCAAGAUAGGGCCCAAUAUGUUCAUUUAACAAGUAUAGUCCAAGUUUCAAAUAUACAAGCUGAUUUACCCCAGGGACAGUAAAGGCACAGCAUAAUUAUAAUAACCACCCAGGAGAGCUCCUCAAAACUUUAAUUGAAUCUUGUGGGUCACUUUUAAUCAUUGGUCAUUUUGUUUCUUAUCGAUAUUUAUGGUUUUUGCUGGCAUUUCUUGUAAAUGCUACAAAAUAAUUUAUAAGUGAAUGACAAUAAUCAAUGCAAUCAUCCACAAUAACACUGUGAUAACUUUCAUUUUGUGUCUGUUACUGAUGUUGGAAAUCAUUUUAUUUUCUGUGAUUGUAAUUUAUCAAAUUUUUUACAAACCUGUUUUUAUGGGGGUUUUGUUUUUUACUGAUUUAAAAUGGUGUUAAUGUAACAAUUAAACUUAAAUUUGCUCUUA